UGCGACGCUGCCCGUCUUCAGCCUCGAGCAGAGACUUUAUCUUUCGUUUUGAUGUUGUGGCGAAAAUAACAUCUGAAACCUAAAGGCUUCAUACAUAUAAAACUUCAGUAGACGUUCUUCAAAGAUGGCGGAAGGAGACAAUAAAAGUGCAAAUUUAUUGGCGCAGGAGACGGCUCAGCUGGAGGAGCAGCUGCAGGCCUGGGGUGAGGUGAUUCUGGCCGGAGAUAAGAUACUGAGGUGGGAGAAGCCCUGGUUCCCGGCUGCUCUCUGCGGAGUGGUGUCCUUUGUUUUCUUGUUGAUCUAUUAUCUCGAUCCCUCGGUGCUGACUGGCGUGUCCUGUGCCAUCAUGAUUCUCUGUCUGGCUGAUUAUCUGGUCCCAACUCUUGCACCCAAAAUUUUUGGAUCUACCAAAUGGACUACAGAGCAGCAGCAGCGGUUCCAUGAGAUCUGUGGGAACCUUGUGAAAACCCAGCGCCGCGUGCUUGGCUGGGGCAGGCGGGUCUUUGCUUUGAAGGAAGAGAAACCCAAAAUGUACUUCUUGACCGUCAUAACAGCCCUGUCAGCGAUGGCAUGGAUUGGACAGCAAGUUCACAAUCUCUUCCUUACGUACCUAAUUGUUACCUUUCUGCUGAUGCUGCCAGGCCUCAAUCAACAUGGGCUCAUCAGCCGGUAUGUGGGCAUGGCGAAGCGAGAGGUCAACAAGCUGCUGAAACAGAAGGAGAAGAAGACGGAGUAAAGACCCCCCCCUCUACCCCCAGGGUCCCACUCCUGCCCAACCAGCAGAGAGAGAGAGAGCGAGUGUUUUUGUUUCCCUCCGGUUGGCUUCUUUCACCACGGCAAGCCAAGGCCACCUCCUCGGCUCGAGCACGGUGCCAACACGCCGGUCGUUUUGUGUUGUAGGGUGCCGAGCUGAAGCGCCACACUGAAAUAUCUUGGAACUGCAGGCACAAAUGCUUUUUAGCCAUCUUGUGUUUCCGAGUGGGCUCCGAGUUGUUUUUUU